AGUCAUAGACCGUGAUUUGAUACAACCAUUGAGCAGACAGGUCGGCAACAAAUCAGUGGCACUAUCGAUGACCCUGAUGGCAAAGCAGUGCCCGAAAAACACCGUGACAACUUUCCAGACUCGAGUCAGCUGCGUCGACAUUCCUCUGAACCUGACGCAUUUUUGCACAAUACCUGCUGGCCAUAUCCAAUGUCAUCACUACUCAGCCAUGACGAGGCGUUAUGCAGGCGACGUUAACCUGACAGAAGACAUUUUCUUCGAAGUGGAGCAAACUUUCGCAAGCAAGGUGUACCUCAUUCUGAGGCAACUGAAACAUGCGAGGGUGUCGCCCGUGGCGUUCAUUAUGGAGCGCUACGACAUGGAGCUGCAGAGCAAGAUAAGCUUCUUCAACGCCAACAGAAGGAAAAACGUUCCCUGCGCGGUCAGACCAUUCGGUUUUACGAAGGAAACAAAGGACGAACUUUUAAAGUUUUCAUAGCCACAUUUGCAGCACACGGCAAAUGUGUUUCUUAUUAGGCUUCCUAUGUAGCCGUUGCUUCUGAUGGUGCGUUAUUGAAAGAGAACCAAUCAAGUGACCUUUCGAGAGGA